AUGGCAGCAAAACCAGUACUAGCAUCCGACCUGAUCACAAAGGUCUCAAUAGGUCUAUUUGAGGAAACAACCAGGCAACGAUUGCGAGUGGGUACUCAAUGCAGCGCUUCGGUUGAUGAUGCAUUGAGUGGGGGAUUGGUGUAUGGACAGGACGGCAUCUACAACAUUAGUGGCGCGACCGGAAGUCGAGCUGCUGAAACGACAAGAGAGGCUAACGUCGAUACCGAUUCAAACAGNAUAUCUCUCCAAAUACUCAUCACCCAUCUUUUCUCCUCAAGCACUCACUCGGCAACUCUCAUCGAUGCAUCUGGCAAUUUUGACAUCCUUUCAUUAUACAAAAGUCUGCUAUCUCGACUCUCCAAAACAAGCAACAGCAACCAUGAAGACAAUGUCAAAACUGCAACAUCCAUACUCGGCCGAGUAAACAUUAUGCGCGUGUUUGACUUUGAAGGCGUGGUGGAAGGUUUGAACGAACUAGUUGAUGGCUUGCAAAGCAAGAGUAUACCGAAAAACACGAUUCGAGAUAGCCAAGAGGAAGAAGCAGAGGAGAUGCUUUUGGCAGAAGAGCAUGAAGCCAAAGACGAAAAGAAGAUGGCAAAAGAAGAGCACGGUAUGGUUCUGAUUAACAAUCUGAGUCAGGUGCUGGGGCUUUUGCUCAAGAAUAAUUAUGCCCAAGCUUACUCGAUUGUAUANGGUCAAGCUACAAUGACAUCGCUGAUCAGAAGACUGAGAAGCAUGGCACAAGAGCACAAUCUCUGUGUCAUACUGCUGAGCUGGAGUGUUUCUUAUGGAAGCGAUGCAGAACGCGUCUCCAUUUUUGAGGCCAUCAAGGCGAGACCAGGAUUGGGAAAGCCGCUGGGUCACCUGGUGGAUACACAGAUCCUCAUCGAUGCCAUCCCGAAAACAGCACGACCUAAAGGCAACGGAGAGCUAGUCAAUGUCAUCGAGGUGAUACACAGCAGAGGAAGCCACCAAGCAGGGAAAUUCGGCGUGUUUGAUGUCACUGCUGAUGGAGAGAUUGAAGCUGUAUCAUUCUAA